AUGGAAAGGACCAACUGGACAGAGAUUGAGUUCAUUCUGCAGGGACUUUCUGAGUACCCAAGAGCUGAAAAAUUCCUUUUUGUGAUGUGUUUGGUGAUAUACCUGGUCAUCCUCCUGGGCAACAGCACCUUGAUCAUCCUAAUUCUCCUGUAUUCCCGCCUCCACACACUCAUGUACUUCUUCCUUGGUAAUCUUUCCUUCCUAGACAUUUGUUACACUUCUGCCUCUCUCCCUGCAAUGCUGAUACACUUCCUAUCCAAGAAAAAAACCAUCUCCUUCACUAGAUGUGUUGUUCAGAUGUCUGUCACCUACACAAUGGGAUCCACAGAGUGUGUGCUCCUAGCAGUGAUGGCAUAUGACCGUUAUGUGGCCAUCUGCAACCCUCUGAGAUACCCCAUCAUCAUGAGCAAGGUCCCUUGCAUUCGUAUGGUGGUUCUUUCCUGGGGAUUGGGCUUUCUCAUCUCAUUGGCACAAACUCUUCUUGCAAUACGGUUGCCCUUUUGUGGAAAAAAUGUCUUUAAUCAUUUUGUUUGUGAAAUAUUGGCCUUCGUCAAGCUGGCCUGUGCAGAUAUUUCCUUGAAUGAGAUUACUAUAAUGUUGGACAAUGUAAUAUUUUUGUUUUCUCCAUUACUAUUGAUUUGUAUCUCCUACAUUUUCAUCCUUUCUACUGUGCUAAGAAUCAAUUCAGUGGAAGGAAGAAAAAAGGCCUUUUCCACCUGCUCAGCCCAUGUGACAGUGGUUAUUAUGUUUUAUGGGACAAUCCUCUUCAUGUACAUGAAGCCAAAGUCCAAAGCCUCUGCUGUUGACAAACUGAUUGCCCUGUUCUAUGGAGCAGUCAUACCCAUGCUCAAUCCUAUCAUCUAUAGCCUGAGGAAUACGGAGGUGCAUGGAGCUAUGAGAAAAUUGAUAACUAGACACUGGUUCUGGAAGAAAAGAUGA